GAAAACCAUAACUGUUUGUUUGCAGCUACACGGAGUUUUUUUCACUUCAAUCUCCACCAGGCUCAACAAUGAAUUUUAGGGUUUCGCACAGAGUUCCCGUGCUCCCUUAUUGCGCGCGCGCCAAUUACCUCCAUAACCAGCGCCGCUCUUUCUCUUCGUUCAUCAAAAAGCUCCAAACAGCAACUCAAGCCCGAGCUUCUUUCAAUGGCGGAAGUGGCAGUUCUCGAGGUGAUUCUUUUCUGGUGCCUGGUGCAACAGUGGCCACCUUACUUAUGCUGGGCGUUCUUCAUGCUCGGCGAAUGUAUGAUGAUAAGAAGGUUGAAGAGGCUCGAGAGAGAGGGAUAGAAUCUGAGUUCCAACCUGAUUUCAAGGCUUCUGUUUUGAGAUUGCUACCUCUGCGCUCCAUAUCAAGAUGUUGGGGUUACUUGACUAGUGUGGAAAUGCCUGUCUGGCUGCGUCCAUAUGUUUAUAGAGCUUGGGCACGGGCGUUCCACUCAAAGUUAGAGGAAGCAGCUUUGCCUCUGAACAAAUAUGCUAAUUUACGAGAAUUCUUUGUUCGCGCCUUGAAAGAAGGUUGCAGACCUAUUGACCCUGAUCCACAAUGUCUGGUUAGUCCUGUUGAUGGUACAAUCUUAAGAUUUGGAGAGUUAAAAGGACCUGGGGUUAUGAUUGAGCAAGUCAAAGGGUUUUCUUAUUCUGUUGCUUCUCUCCUCGGUGCAAGCUCAUUCCUUCCUAUGGUAGCUGAAGGGGAUAUGGAUGAAGAUGGUGACGAAGCAGAAAACACUCCUAUGGAUAAGAGGAAGAAGUCAUGGUGGAGAAUUUCACUGUCUUCUCCAAAAGUCCGGGACUCUGUGUCAUCACGUCCCGUGAAAGGUCUUUUUUACUGUGUAAUUUAUUUAAAGCCGGGAGACUAUCAUCAUAUACACUCCCCAGUUGAUUGGAAAAUUUUUAUUCGCCGGCAUUUUUCAGGUAACUUAUAUCCUGUGAAUGAGCGUGCAACUAGAACUAUCAGAAAUCUUUAUAUUGAGAAUGAGAGGGUUGUGCUUGAAGGUCUAUGGCAAGAAGGGUUUAUGGCAAUCGCUGCAAUUGGCGCAAUCAAUAUUGGAUCAAUCGAGCUUCCAAUUGAGCCCGAAUUCCGGUCGAACUUGCCAAGGAAAAAGUUAUUACACCCAGAGACUGCUGAAGAACGGCUGUAUGAACCAGGAAUUGGUAUGACGCUGAGAAAAGGGGAUGAGAUAGCGGCUUUCAACAUGGGAUCAACAGUGGUGAUGGUCUUCCAGGCCCCUGUGAUAAUUGGAGAUUCUUCAUCAGAGUUCAAGUUCUCCAUCAAACGCGGAGAUAAAAUUCGCGUAGGUGAAGCCUUGGGCAGGUGGCGAGAACAGUAGCCACCAGCAUUGCACAUUGAUUUUAUUCAGUGUCUUAAGCACAAAAAAGGGGUCAUUAAGCCAUGUAAAUUAUCCCAGUAAAUUGCUGAGACAGUGAGUUUCACUUUAGAUCUUUGGUAUACCAUUACAAUAGUCAAAGAGGUGAUCGUUUUACAAAUUUGACAUUUUUUUUCCCCGAUAUUGAUGUUCAUGUUGCCGUGUUAAUAUGCAUGAAUAGAUUGCUCAUAAGAAUCCGUGUCUC